UGAUUAGAGUCUCGUGACUGUGAGUACAAACUGCAAACAGAAGAGUACAAACUGCAAACAGAGGAGACAAAUUAUCAAGGCUGUUGAUAAAAACUCAAUAGUAUGGAGACUCUAGUGAUUCUGUGUGUUAUGUUAACGAUCGGAAUAGCGGAACGUCUUCAUCCUGUCCGACCUGGAUCCCGGGAAUACCUGGAGCGAGAAUGGGAUAUGCUCAUUAACAAAGUGAACUUUGUCAACACUACCUGGCAGGCAGGAGACAAUUUCCUCCGUAUUGAAAAACAUGAGCGUCUUGCCUAUGUUAAAAAACUCUGUGGUGCGUUGGAGACACCCAAACAUUUAAAACUACCCCAGAGACCACCUCUGAAGGCUGUCAGUUUGCCGGAGAGUUUUGAUGCACGCAAGGAAUGGUCUGGUUGUCCUACCAUCCAUGAAAUCCGAGACCAAGGAGACUGUGGAUCAUGCUGGGCCUUCGGAGCUGUGGAAGCCUUUUCAGACCGAAUUUGUAUCCAUUCUAAUGGCACGGAAAAUGCUCACAUCUCCGCUGAGGAUCUGCUCUCCUGUUGUUAUACCUGUGGUAUGGGAUGUGAUGGAGGGUUUCUUGGAGCGGCUUGGUCUUACUUCAAGAGAGUGGGAGUGGUGUCCGGCGGUCAGUAUGGCUCUCACCAGGGUUGUCGUCCAUAUUCUAUUGAGCCAUGUGAACACCAUGUACCAGGCAAACUUUUGCCAUGCAACAAAGAUAUUAAACCAACACCGAAGUGUAACGAGAAAUGUGAAUCAAACUACCAAGUGUCCUACAACAGCGACAAGCAUUAUGGAAACAGUUCGUAUUCUGUAUCCGGUGAUGUAUCUGACAUCCAGACAGAGAUUAUUACCAACGGGCCUGUAGAGGGAGCUUUUACUGUGUAUGCAGACUUCCCUACAUACAAGAGCGGGGUAUAUCAGCACAAGACUGGAUCUGAACUGGGAGGUCACGCCAUCAGGAUCCUCGGCUGGGGUGUAGAAGGAGGUGUGGACUACUGGCUCGUGGCUAACUCCUGGAACUCCGAUUGGGGAGACAAUGGAUACUUCAAAAUCAAGAGAGGAACAGAUGAGUGUGGUAUUGAAUCCCAAAUUUCAGCAGGUCUUCCUAAAGUCAAACAAGGAGUGAAGGGAGGCUACUAUUAGACGUGCCAGCUUGGUGAAGGGAGACUACUCCUAGACGUGACAGUUUAGUGAAGGGAGACAACUCCUAGACGUGACAGUUUAGUGAAGGGAGACAACUCCUAGACGUGACAGUUUAGUGAAGGGAGACAACUCCUAGACGUGACAGCUUAGUGAAAGGGAGACUACUGCUACAUUUUUGUAGACCUGACUGCUUAGUGAAGGGAGACGACUCUUAAACAUGACAGAUUAGUGAAGGGAGACGACUCUUAAACAUGACAGAUUAGUGAAGGGAGACUACUCUUAGACCCGACAGCUUAGGGAAGGGAGACAACUCCUAUACAUGACAACUUAGUGAAGGGAGACGACUCCUAGACAUAACAACUUAUUGAAAGGAGGGUCAUGCUAGCAUGUCAAAGAUAUUUCUGUGAGACAGGACGUCAUUAACUCCAUAAUCCAUGUCAGUAUGUCAUAUGAUUUAGGCUUUGAUUGACAUGAAGAUGAAAAAUUCUUGACAAAAUAUAAACUUUACUAAAUUUGAAAGUAGGAUAGAAAUGUCAGUCUGCUUGAUGUAUGUGUUCAUACAUUUAAAAAAAAUUGCUACUCAAAAAAUAUUUAUCCACAAUAAUGGCUGAAUUUAGCAAACACAGAAGUGUGAAUGAAGUUUUCAUACUGAAAUCCUUUGAAGGUGUUAUAUUGUGAUUUAUAUACAUAUUCUUAAUUUUUAACAUAUAUUAUAUAUUACAGCAUGUUUUUCCAUUUAAUUUUGUCUGCACCAGCACUGUUAAGAUUUUCGUUUCCUUAUUUUUUGUUUGGAUCUGACUUACAUUUACAUUACAGAAGAUCUGACUUCAGAUUUAUAUAUACAAAUAUAAAGACCAUUGGUAACAGUCCAUUCAGUAAAACUUGUUCCACUAGAGACCCACCUUGUCCAAAAUUUUGUGAAAGGGUAUUUUGUUCCAAUCACAUUCCAGGCUUAAAAUAUGUAUAUUAUUUCAUUCCAGACUUAUUCUGCGGUGGCCGAGUGUUUAAGGUGUCCCAACACUUUAUCACUAGCCCUCCACCUCUGGGUUGCGAGUCCUACCUACGUGGGGCAGUUGCCAGGUACUGACCGUAGGCCGGUGGUUUUUCUGGGGGUACUCCGGCUUUCCUCCACCUCCAAAACCUGGCACGUCCUUAAAUGACCCUGGCUGUCAAUAGGACGUUAAACAAAACAAACCAAACCAAAUAUUCUGCUAAAUAUUUUUUUAUGUGGCCUUUUUUAACCAAUACCGUAUAUACGAGGUACUGGAAAAUUUUCAACAAGACAGAUAAAAAAGAUAUGUUUAUUUGUAGACCACAAAACGGGAGAAUUUGUACAAACACUAGACUAAAAUAUUUAAGUUCAGAGAAGUCUCCAUCAAUUAUAUAUUGACUGGGAAUGUGUAGAUUUACAUGAGGGGUAAAUUUUGCCUACAAAAAUUUCCCCACACAUUGUUUUAUGUGUGUGGUAUUUAUGGAACACAUGCAAAAGAAAAAAUAUAUUGACCUAUUGUCAACAUCAUGUCAUUUAAAAAAUGUAAUUUUAGAUCAAAUCAGGAUAAUUUGCUGACUUUUUCAUUCUGAAAGAACAAAAAUACUGAUAUUUAUAAGAAGGUCAGAAAUCCCUACAGGUUACACAUAUAAUGCUGAAAAAUAAUUCAACCACAUUGUUUUGAAGUACUCAUAAAAUGCGUGUUAUCAACAUUAUCAGUUAUUAAAAGUGCUACAUAAUUUUGUGUCAUCAUUUUGUCUCAUUGUUUUGCUUUAUGUGAUUUUCACGACCAUUAAAAACAUAUAUUUUCUUUGA